AUGGGCCCCUACCCACUCUCCAAGCGAAGAAAUCGAUUCAUAUUGGUCAUCACUGAUUCUUUCUCCAGGUGGAUAGAAGCCUACCCACUGCCUCACGGCGACGCCAACACGAUUGGCCGCAUGAUGGAUACACACCUGUUUCCCAGAUGGGGAUACCCAAAAAUCCUACUCUCCGACAAUGGCACUCAGUUUACAGGGAAACUAUGGAACAAACUCUGCCUCAAAUGGGGAGUCUUACACUACACCACGCCAAUUUAUCACCCCCGAGCCAACCCUACCCAGAGAAGGAACCAGGAACUCAAGAAGGGACUACGGAUCCGCCUACAAGAACAACACCAAGAAUGGGAGAACCAACUACCAUCCGUGCUAUUCACCCUGCGAAAUCGACAGAACACGGCAACAAGAUACAGCCCCAGUCAAAUCCUGUUUGGCCAAACCCUUCCACGGCCAGGGGAAUGGAGCCACUGGCCCGAAAAUCAACUCAAACUGCACAAAGACCAUAUUAACCAGCGUCUACACACGCUAACCGCAAUCCAACGCGAAGCCAUGUUGAACCAAGAAAAUUAUCUCAAUAGGAAGGGAGACCUGAUAGCCGAGACACAGCCUCGUUACCAAAACGGUGACCAGGUGCUCACACGGAAUCAUCAACUCUCAAACAAGGCUCAGAAAUUCCACGUGGGCCUAGCACCCAGAUGGAUGGGACCAUAUACGGUCGCCCACGACCAAGGAGCUGUCUACUGGAUCACCCGUGACAAUGAGGCCAUCAAGGUGUACGAGACUCAACUACGCCCGGCUCCAACCACUGACCAGCAACAUCUCUUGGAAUAA